GAUGCUGCGCUGCAUGCCGCCGCUCUGGCGCUGCAACCGGCACGUGGAGGCGCUGGACCGGCGGCACUGCUCGCUGCAGGCCGUGCCCGAGGAGAUCUACCGCUACAGCCGCUCGCUCGAGGAGCUGCUGCUGGACGCCAACCAGCUCCGCGAGCUGCCCAAGCCUUUCUUCAGGCUCCUGAACCUGCGCAAGCUGGGCCUGAGCGACAAUGAGAUCCAGAGGCUUCCCCCUGAGGUGGCCAACUUCAUGCAGCUGGUGGAGCUGGACAUCUCCCGCAAUGACAUUCCAGAAAUUCCUGAAAGCAUCAAAUUCUGCAAAUCCUUGGAAAUCGCAGACUUCAGUGGGAAUCCUCUCUCCAGGCUUCCUGAGGGCUUCACCCAGCUCCGCAGCCUGGGCCACUUGGCCUUGAAUGACGUGUCCCUGCAGAGCCUCCCCACUGACAUUGGGAAUUUGGCAAACCUGGUGACUUUGGAGCUUCGUGAGAACCUGCUAAAGACUCUCCCCACUUCACUCUCCUUCCUUGUCAAGUUAGAGCAGUUGGAUCUCGGUGGCAAUGACCUGGAAGUACUGCCGGACACUCUGGGCGCGCUCCCAAACUUGCGUGAGCUUUGGCUGGACCGGAACCAGCUCUCGGCCCUGCCUCCGGAGCUGGGCAACCUCCGCCGCCUGGUCUGUCUGGAUGUGUCGGAGAACAAACUGGAGCAGCUGCCCAAUGAGGUCAGUGGGCUGGUGGCACUGACGGACUUGCUGCUGUCACAGAACCUGCUGGAAUGCAUUCCGGAUGGGAUUGGUCAGCUGAAGCAGCUCUCCAUCCUCAAGGUGGACCAGAACCGGCUGACAGACAUGACAGAGUCAAUUGGGGACUGUGAAAAUCUGUCAGAGCUCAUCUUGACCGAGAACAUGCUGACGGCCUUGCCCAAGUCCCUGGGCAAACUGGCCAAGCUGACGAACCUGAACGUGGACAGGAACCGUCUGACGUCGCUGCCGGCAGAGAUCGGGGGCUGUGCCAACCUCAACGUGCUGUCCCUGCGGGACAACCGGCUGGCUCUGCUGCCCCCUGAGCUUGCCAACACCACUGAGCUCCACGUCCUGGAUGUGGCUGGGAACAGGCUGCAGAACUUGCCCUUUGCUUUGACAAAUCUUAAUCUGAAAGCCCUGUGGCUGGCAGAAAACCAGUCCCAGCCCAUGCUGAAAUUCCAAACUGAGGAUGAUGAAAAGACAGGAGAAAAGGUUCUCACUUGCUACCUGCUCCCUCAGCAGCCGUCUCCUAGCCUGGAGAACCUCCUGCAGAACAGUGUGGACGAGAGCUGGACGGACACCAACUUAAACAGAGUCAGUGUCAUCCAGUUCCUGGACGAACCCAGAGGAGAUGAUGAGGAGGAGUCUGGAGCUGAGAGACGGGGCCUGCAACGCCGAGCCACCCCUCACCCCAGCGAGCUGAAGGUGAUGAAAAAGGUGAUUGAGGUUCGGCGCAACGAGGUGAAUGCUGCCAAGGCUGAUGCUGACCUGAACUCUCCUAACUCAGAAGAGAAGAGGCUGAGUGCCUCGUCGAAUCGCAGUGAGGACUCCCACGUGUCCACCAGCACGGCCUCUGCAGACUGCAGGGCAGAGGAGGGCGACCGGGGCUGGCCCAACGGGCAGGUGCCCAAUGUGCGGGACCUGGAGAAGGAGGCAAAGCCCAGAGCAGAAGAGGAGCAUAAGGAAGCUGCUGGCCAGGAGGAGGAUGAUGUGGAAGUGGAAUACAAUGAGCCCACUGUGCACUUUGCUGAGGACACACUGAUACGGAGUGAGGAUGAGGAUGAAGAUGAAGAGCGACCAUUCCCAGUGGAGAAGCAGAGGCUCAUCCGCAAGGACACGCCCCAUUAUAAGAAACACUUUAAGAUCACCAAACUGCCCAAGCCAGAGGCAGUGGUGGCACUUCUGCAGGGGCUGAACAGCGACGGGGUCCCUAAAGAGGAGGAGGAGUUGGGAGGCUGCAAUAACAACGCAGAGCCCGAGGAUCAGGAGGAAGCGUGGAAUGAGGAUGACAGAAAGAACGGAGCUUUGUCUGCUCAGCCAUCCGUGAAGGUAAGGUCUUGUGGGGAGGGGGAAGGUCAGAGGGGUGCAGACCUGCCCUUUCCUCCUUUGACCUGCCAGCCAGGCUGAUGUGGUCGUGAAGAA